AACUGAAAAGAUAAGAUAGUUCAAAAUUUCAAAAGAUUGUCUUGCAUAUGAUAACUUUAAUAAGACAGAUCUACUAGUAGAAAUCAAUAAAUUAACAGUACAAGUAUAUGCCAUGUAGUGGCAUUUUCCAACCAUGCUUUCUGCAGAAAUACGAAAUAGAAGAUCAGGACCAUCAAAGGCUUCUAUGACUCGUGUUCAUUCUAUUGUAUCUGAUGCCACUUUCAGACUAAGGAGGCUUCCAGUGAGGGCCAAGUGCUUUCUUAUAUUUGCUGCUGUCCUUUCAUUCUACCUGUAUGGAAGCCUAUUUUUAUCUCUAUCUAAGAAUCACUUGACAGAGGAGUCAUAUUUACAGACAGAUAAAUGUCCAGCAUGUUUUGGACAUAGUAUAUGCAUGGAUUUAAAGGACGGUUUGGUCAGAAUGAAAGGAUGGUCAAGAAUAAAAUUUUUAGAUUUUGUGAAUUUAAAGAAUGUCCAUCUAGGACAUCAUGAGGGUCUAGAUAAACAAGUUAUUUUAAAGAAGUUAGCACAUAACAGAGAAUGGGAAAAUAUUGACAACAAAAUUUGCACUGAGGCAAACAGACCUCUUGGAUGUGAUGUUGCAAGAGUGCUGGACAAAAUGAAAGUGACAAAUUCAAUUCAGAGAGAAGGAUUACAGCCAAAACACCUGAAAGAUUUAAACUACAUGUUUGCCUGUCCAACAUAUAAUUUAAUAGACAGAAUAUAUAGAUAUUAUAAAGAAAAAGUCUACCCUGAGCGACGUGAAAUGAUGUUUAGGGAUAAACUACAAAUAUAUGCAACUGCAAUGGUGAAUCCAGAACCUCUUAUACUACAGACAUUCCCAAAGAGUGAAGGCUGGCCAUUUCCUGAGUACUAUGGAGCUUGUGGAAGGUUUAUUGUUGUCAGCAAUGAAGGAGAACCUCUAAAUAAUUUCUACAAUGCACCAUGGCAUAAAAGGGCUGAUUUGGCAUACCAAAUAAUGAAGAUUGCAGAAAGACUAACAAACCAUGGCAAUCCUUAUGGCUUAUACUGGACGGAUUUAAGUUACGAAAACCUAGUGGUGGACGACACUGGAAGAGUUACGGUUAUUGAUGUGGAGAAUGUAGUGGUGGUGGAUAGACUAGCCAUCCAAAAAGUUAAACCCAAAGGAUACGAUGAUUUACUUGAAUCAAAAUUUGAUGAUUGCGGAGGUAAGAACUGCUUGGUCUUCUCAACAGAAGAUCUCUGUUCUCAUAAAGAGUCGGACCACAACUAUUUUGCAGCCUGUCGCAAUCUCCUCUCCAAAUAUGCUAACGAGGGUGAUUUAGGCAUGCCAGAUGGACUCCUCCAUGAUAUGCCAAAUUACGCUCGAGAUGACUUUGAUUUAGAGCACCUGCUGAAUGAAUGUGUUCAUCCUACUGUAGCAGAAGGGAGAAUGAAGGCAAAGCAGAAAAUUAUGGAUGCAUUGGACCAGUUACGCAAUGUUGUUGAUAAGAAAGAUAUAGCCGAAGGAGACAGAAUUUGAAAAAUCAGGUCAUUUGAUGUAAUUGGCUGUAAAAGUAAUUAUUUUGAUUGUUUUCCAUUAUAAGUGAUGAAGCACUGCUUAUGUAUGAAAAGAUAUAUACCUCAGGGGGUGCCUUAAACACUUUAUACAAAAUAAGACUAAAAGGAUGAUUGUUGAAUUUAAGUGAUAUUACAUUGGGUAUUGCAAGUUUUUAUGGACACAGUUAAUCUUUCAAUUUUUGGUCUUCUUCAGUAAAUAUUUUUUUUAAUUAUUAACCUUGCUGGCUUGUGCAGGGUUAACUGUGGUCUCACCAUGUACUGGAUUUGUAUUAGCUUUACAGAUAUGUGCAUGGCUAUGACUUUUUUGAUUCAUUUAAGAAUCUAUUUUACAUGUAAUGUAAUCAUGUAUAUGUACCUGUACAUGAACAAUACAUUGCACUCUUUCAGCAACAAUUAAAUUACAUUGUAAAUGUACAGGGAGUUUAUUUAGCAUCAAAUUAUCAUUUAUUGCAUUGCACUGUGUCAUAUCAGGUGUGCAUACCAAUUGAAUUACACCGUCAUUAAAGUUACAUGUAUGAUGAAGUAAAUUAUUUUAGGUAUUGUGUAUACAAUGUAAUGUACAUGUACAUUCUACCAUGAAUAAUAUUGUACCUUAAAUUUUCUACUAGAGUGUUCUGAAUCCAAAUUUAUCUAAGUGUCUUGGUGUCUAUGUUAUUGAAAUAUUUACUGGAUGGAGGAUCUGUUGAUAUUCUAGCUGUUGGUGAAAAUCACUUUUUACUCAUGAAAACUUUAUUUCCACAUUAUUACGCAAGAAUGCCUGCUCGCGAAAAUUUAAUUCUUGUGUAUGCAUGUAUUUGUAUUACUAAAGAUUACAUAGAACAAUAACCAAAAUUCGUGACAAUUAUGUCUCACUUAUAAAUUACAAAUGACCAUCUUGCGAAAAUAAGGUAUCGCUAAAAUUUGGUGAACUACAGUAUCUAACACUUUUUAAUAUGGAUGUAUGUACAUUUUGUUUGUUUAUACUGUGUAUGAGAAGGAUCGAAUCCUCUUAUUGAUUACUAUGAAAAUAUAUUAGUACAAAUACAUGUAUCUCAAAAGAGUUGAAUAAGGUAAAUACUUUAUCAAGGAAAUCAAUAGCAAUGUAGAAACCAUUGGCCUGAUCUUCCAUAGUUUUAGUUUUUAGAUAGAUAUUGUGAUUUUUAUGAAAAAGAAAUAAAUCAAAAUUACAAUUUUUUUUUUUUAAUUCAUCCAUCCGUCAGGUUAGCUUAGUACUGUUCUAUUAGAUUUAAUUAUUAUAGUAUGGAUCAUGGUUACCCCCAAAAUUCAAUGUAUUGCAAGGUUUAAUACUGUACUAUUUAUGGUACAUGUACAUUUAUAUAAUUUUUCAUUUUUAACAUUCCAUAUUACAGAAGUUGUUUUUUUUAAUUCAUGCUUUAAUUUCAUAUGCAGAAUGCAAUUGUCUGAUGAAUUAUCUGCCAUAAUUAUGUACCAUUAAUGAUUUGAAAGUACAUGCAAAUAUUGGGGAAGGUACACUGAUUUAUUAGUAAUAUUUUGUUGUUUUUAAGUAAAUGAAAUAUGUGCAUAAUUUAAUGUAUGAACAAUAUAUGAUCAAGUUUUAAUUAUACAUGUAUAUCUUAAUAUAUAAACCAUAUUGGAUUUGGAAAAGGUUAUCGUUAA